AGACAUGGCAGUCUUCAACGCAUUUUUGCUCUACCAGAAACAAGGCGGGAAACUGAGCCACCUGGAGUUCCGGCUGGCGCUGGUCGAAGGAAUGGUCCAGAAGUACCACGAUCCGAACCGCACCCUCAAGAGAGGCAGGCCGUCCGACACCAGCUUGCUGCGUCUGACCGCCAGACACUUUGUGUCCUACAUCCCACCGACACCUGGAAAGGAGCUGCCAACACGAAGGUGCGUCGUGUGCUGCAAGGCACGAGGUGGUGGGGACAAGAAGGUGCGCAAAGAAACGCGCUACUGGUGCAAGGACUGUGGCGUGGGACUGUGCGCCAUCCCAGGCUUCGAGGUGUACCACACCAAGGCACAGUUUUGAAUGUUUAUAGAGUUCUUCUCCAAAGGGUGUAGAAGUCUGCAUUUCCAGUUUUUAGAACUUUGUUUUUCAACUACGGAAUUCCUGAUGCCGUCUCGGUUCCCAUUUUUAAUUUUUUUUGCCUCAUAUGGUCUAAGAUAAGAUCAAUUUUCGUUUUUAGUUGUUAAACUUUUAUGCCCAUGUCUUAUAUGCUUGAA